AUGCUCCGGUCCAACUCAUCAGUCGAUAGCCCAAAAAAAACCAAGCAGAAGAAAUUAACCGAUAAAGAGGUGCUGGUCUUGAAAUCCCACCUAGAAGAAUGGAAGGAAGCAGCUGCCAAUGAUAGAAAAAAUAUUCUGAAGGCCGUCAUAAAAGAGGCCAAGGUGCAUGCCCCUGCUAUGGAUGACCGGUCAUUGAAGAACAGGAAAUAUAAAGCCAGCAAGUUCGGUCAGAAAUGGACUUCCCAGUCGGUCAUAGAACAACUGCGCAAGGAGGAGAUCAUUGAAAAGACCGGAGCGAUGCCAGGAUUGAAGAAAUUUAUUGAAAGAUAUCAGACAACACUCACUGCAGUUGUGGCCAGUCUAUCUAAAGAGGAGCUGGAGGAGGCUCAGAACACUGCGAUUGAGUGGUCUGCCAAGGCUCCUCCUGCAGCUGUCCAGGCGGACUUUGCAAAGAAGAAAGCACCCGGUAUGAUGAAGGAUCUAGCAACAAAGUUGUGGAAGCAGGCCAGUAUGAGAAUUUUCAUAUUGUCAGCAUGGAAAACAGAGGAAGACGAAGUCCGGAUCAAUGGAAUUGACUUCAAUGAAAAGUUGGAGGGCAAUAGUUUUACCGAUAUGAAGGACUGGAAGUCCAUGUUAUCGGAGUGGAAUGCCUAUGCUGGGGAAGAGUUCGACAUUGACCUGAAUAAUGAUGACGAUGAUAACGAAGAGGAGGUGAAGAAGAGCAGGAAGAAAGGUGGAAAGAAGGACGAUUAUCCUUUGGAGGUGGAUAGCUAUGGGCUGCCGGUCAUACCGGACGUCACAGAGCUUAACCUAGAGAGCAAAAAGUGUCUUAUAAGAACUUUCCUCACAAAACACUACAGAUUGUGCAGCCAACAACCAAAGGCGUCUGUUCCUUGGGCCUCAGUCAGGAUGGCUCAGGGUGACUUUAUUGCAGCCAAGUUUUUACCUACUGGCUGGAAGCUCGACAAUCCGUCAAAGAUUCAGCUGGCUGAUGCUGACUGGCUGUUAGAGUUGUGGUGUCAAAGACAGAAGGACCAGGUUCGCCCAACCUUUGAAUUUAAAGGCUGGGAAGGCGAUGAUAAGACAAUGAGAGAACCGGCAGAGAUAAUCUCCGGCAAUAGUUCUGACGCGAGACCCAGGGUUCCAGUGAAAAAGGUGUCUAGUAGUGAGGAUAAGGACAAGGAUGAUGAAGAUGAGGAGAAGGACGACGAUCACUAUCACGAUGACAACCUCCAAUCACCACCUCCAAAGUCGAAAUCUAUCAACAAUCGCCCACCGGUCAAGAAAUCCAUACCGGUCCCACCACCACCUUCAAAGGCAAAACGGACCAAUACAAUCCAUAGGAUUAGCACAGCUUCAGAGGAGGAAGAUACUCGCCCACCAAUCAAGAAAUCCAUACUGGUCCCACCACCACCUUCAAAGGCAAAACAGACUAAUACGGUCCGCAGGGCUAGUACAGCUUCAGAGGAGGAAGAUACUCGCCCACCGGUGAAGAAAUCCAUACCUGUCCCACCACCACCUUCAAAGGCAAAACGGACCAAUACGGUCCGCAGCACUCGUCCGGCUUCAGAGGAGGAAGAUACUCGCCCACCGGUCAAGAAAUCCAUACUGGUCCCACCACCACCUAAAUCAAAAUCAUCCCAAAAGAGGGGUAGGGUUGUUCCCAUUCAAUCUGAUUUGGAGUCGGAUGGUCCGCCACCAGUCAAGAAAUCAAAGCUGACUGCAAGUGGAAGGGGACAGGCAGAAGACAACACCAGCACCGGUUCUGCACAAUCAACCGGUAAUGAUGACAAUGAUCCUCUGCCUUCGCAACAUCUUUCUAGAAGUUGUGCAUUUGGCCCUACAUCAGGUGUCCAUGCCAAGAAUAAAACUAACAAAGCACCGGUGCCCAAACCAAUGCCCCCUGCCCCAAGAAGGGACUCCGGCAAGAAAGCCAAAGCAUCUGAAGCACAGACAACCAAUCCAGAGCCAAAGCGCUCUCAUAGAAGUACAAAGGCCUCUUAUAAAGCUCAGUAUAUGCAAUCGUAG